AUGUCCCAACAGAACAAUUUUUUCGAUCCUCGUUCGAACCUUGAUGCAUUUAUCCAACAAUCAUCGGCCAAUCCAAAUGCGAAUACUCAAUACAAUAAUGAUCUUGUUUGGACCAGAAGUUUAAGAUCUGAUCAAUCCAAUUAUGGCCACUUUGGAAACUUAACAGGGUCAUCAUCAAGAACACAGAAUCUUGUAAAUUCCCAAGGACCCAACACUACACAGCAGGGCCCGGGCCAGUUCCCAAACGCACAAUCCGUACAGUUGCCAGCACAUGCUGGUUCAGAACAAUUUGAUCAACAACCCAACAGUGCAACCAAGAAUCCUAAGAAACGGCCGAGAGCUUCACGGCGGGCGCCCACGACGGUGCUGACGACUGACACCACAAAUUUCAGGCAAAUGGUGCAGGAAUUUACGGGCAUCCCGGCAGCUCCAUUUUCAGGUCCGCCGUAUUCACGGCGGCUUGAUCUCCUCUCCACUGUGAGGUCCGGUCAUUUGGAUACACUUGGAUCCCUGUAUCCUCUUCGACCAUCAUCCCAAAAGGUACAACCAUCCCCAUUUCUACCAUCAUCUUCUUCUCCCUUGUUCAACUCUACUAUGAUUGAUGCUAUAGUGUCCAGUACAAAUAUUUCCACCGCAAAUGUUGGCUCUUUGAAUUCGAAUAAUUUCCAACUACCCUCUGAUCUUGGCCUAAUUCCAAAACAACCCCACAAUUUAUUGAAUUUGCAAAAUCAGACUCUUCAACUUCAGCCUCUCCUGCAUUCUCCACUUAAGAAUCAAUUAGGACCGGCUUUUGGUACUUUGGAACUGAGCCAUGAUCAACAAGUUGAAGGUAAUCUCAGUGGAUUUCCAAAUUUAGAAGGUACUUCUGCUGCUGCACAAGGAAGGACUGAAGGGAAUAUACAAGAAAAUAUGGGAACUUUUGGUGGAAAUAUUACUUCAGAAUUUCAUUCUGAUAAAGGACUUGAAAAUGUUUCUUCAGCUGGCGAUGGUACGGUGAGUUCAUGGAUUUGUCCUUCUGAUUAA